AUGUUCAAGGCGGGACGGGAAGCUCAGGGCAUGACCCCGCCAAAAAGCUACGGGUCAGCCCUCGCCGUGUGUCUCUGUGGGUGUCAUCCCGACGCCGAAAGAAGGUGCUUGAGUCGAGGCUGGCAAGUCUUGACUCAAGCAUAUGAUUUCUUGUCAACCAUCACUGUAUUAUCUAGAAACGCCAUCUGCUCAGUAAAGCCAAAAUUAAAACAAUCAUCGUCCAUGCCCAUCGACUCUUCUGUGUCACCAGACGAGAAGCACAAUAAUUAUACCCAGGGCUUCGCUUCUGCUAGUUAUUGCCCAAGACUGGAGCCCCAGAACCUAGCGACUCGUGGGUAA